ACUACUCGCAAACGGGCGCGUCUUGCUUUUCUGAGAAGCCGUUGAAGAACUCUAAAACUAAACAGUGCCAGUGCCUGUUUUUAACGUGGCCAUGCCCUCCCCUUUCAAUACUGCUCGACUGCACUUCUAAAAGUCACGAAAGCUCGCUCACUCCAUCUAAAGCUUUUCUAAUGGCAAACAGCCUCAAGAGGCCGUUAAAAUUCUCAACUAGUCAUGAUGCUUCAUCACUUGGCAACAAGAGGCAAAGGGAAGCACAAGUACUUGACGGUUCUAAUAUCGUGUCUGAGAAAAUCAAGGCCAUUGAAGAUUUUCACCACAUGGGAACUCGCCAACUACGCGAUCAAGCAAUCCUUCGAGGCCUUUCUUCAAGUGGGUCAAAGAAAGAACUACUAGACAGGCUCUGUGCAGAGUCAGAGAAAGAGUCAAAGAACGGUACACCUGAAGGCAAAGAAGAAGACGAAGAAAAAGAAACAAGCAACAAGGACGAGAAAGUUACUGCGAGUUUCAACAAGGUCACUGCCGGGCUGGAUCAGUAUCUGCCUGAUCAUAUAAAGACACGGUACCAUGUUCUAGAGCAUGGGAAUAGUAUCUAUGAUGCCACGUUGAAUCAAACAAAUGUUGGGAAUAAUAAUAACAAGUUCUAUCUGAUUCAGGCUCUUGAAUCUAAUGACUGUAGCAAAUUCAUGGUAUACACUAGAUGGGGUAGAGUAGGAAUAAAAGGUCAAGACAAGUUGCAAGGCCCUUACACAUCAAGAGGCAGUGCUAUUCAGGAGUUCGAAGCAAAAUUUUUUGCCAAGACAAAGAACCGUUGGCCCAACCGGAUAGAUUUCAUAUGCCACCCAAAGUGCUAUACUUGGUUGGAAACAGACCAUGACAUGAACAAAGAGUCGUCAGAGGAGAAACCUAUUUUUACUGUUGAAAGGCAGCUACAGGUUACAAGGCUUGAUCCUCGAAUUGCAAAUUUUAUCUCUCUUAUCUGUGAUGUUCGCAUGAUGAAGCAGCGGAUGAUGGAAUUAGGGUACAAUGCAGAAAAGUUACCCCUUGGUAAGCUGAGCAAAUCGACAAUCUUAAAGGGCUAUGAUGUCUUGAGGAGAAUAUGUGAGAAUAUUGGCAAAUCUGAUACAGAAAAGCUUGAGGAGUUAAGUGGGGAAUUCUACACAAUAAUACCUCAUGACUUUGGUUUUAAUAAGAUGCGUGAAUUUACCAUUGACAACCAUUACAAAAUGAAAUGCAAGCUAGAAAUGGUUGAAGCUCUAGGGGAAAUUGAAAUAGCUACAUCAUUGAUCAAGGAUGAUAUCUACACCCAAGAAGAUCCGCUCUAUUCGAAAUAUCACUGCCUUCGUUGUGAAUUGGUACCACUUGACGUUGGUUCCAAGGAAUUCUCUAUGAUUGAAAAAUACAUGCGUAACACUAGUGAUGAAACACAUUAUAGAAUCGAUAUUGUUCAAAUAUUUAGAGCUUCAAGAGAAGGUGAAAAUGAACGGUUCAAAAAGUUCUCUCAAACAAAAAACAGAAUGCUUUUGUGGCAUGGUUCUCGGCUGACAAACUGGACCGGUAUUUUGUCUGAAGGUUUACGUGUUGCUCCUCCAGAAGCACCAUCAACCCAUUCUCUUGGGAACGGGCUUUAUUUUGCUGAUAUGUUUUCCAAAAGUGCACCUUAUUGCCAAGCUAACUGGAUAAACUCAGAUGCUGUGCUAGUUUUAUGUGAGGUUGCACUGGGUGACAUGCUUGAUUUUGGAUCUUUUAACUGCCUAGCUAAGUUGCCAAAGGGAAAGCUAAGUGUAAAAGCAUCUGGCAGAACUGUCCCGGACUCUUCACAGGCUCAGGUUCUGGAAGACGGUGUUCUUGUUCCACUCGGAAAGCCAGUAGAGCUGCCUUAUUCCCAGGGUACGUGGCCGAGAAAUGAGUACAUAGUUUUUGACGUAGAUCAGAUUCGCAUACGUUAUGUGGUUCAUGCAAAGUUCUGCUAUCAAACCUGUUGAAUCUCAUUGAAGAUUCUCACUAGUGUAGCCUUUACUCUUUGAGAAAAUAUAUGAUGUCGUUUCCCUUUGUUGUUGGAGCGCAAGGAACCUCUGUGUGCUUGUAACACCAUCUGUUUCAAUCUUUCUACUAUCAAUGGACGAGCAUAUUUGGAUUGCUUUUGCUUUUUGAGGGCUUAUUCAUAUACCAAGGAAUAUUGGAAUGAUAUCUUCGCAUGAUGAGUA